AUGGCUGCUGUUGGUCUAAAAGGUCCAGCAUUUGGACAAAGGCAUGUUCAAUCGGUUUUGUUAUUUCUGGGUAUUGCCAUAAAUUAUAUGACCAAAUAUAGUGCCAGUAUAUCACUGGUGGCAAUGACAAAUGCCUCAACCACAAAUCCUAAUUUUCCGCAAUAUAAUUGGACGGAAGCUGAAAAAUCCUAUAUACUUUCCAGUUUCUUUUGGGGUUAUGUGGUGACCCAGCUUCCUGCCGGCUAUGUAUGUAAACGUUUCGGUACCAAGGUUACAUUAUUUGCUGCAACACUGGGCUCCUCGCUGGCGGGUCUUAUAUUACCCUUCACUGUGAAAUGGGGUGAUUGGCAAAUAUUUUGUGCGGUACGUGUACUGCAGGGUCUGUUUCAAGGCUUCGAUAUAACUGCAGCCUAUGCCCACGUUGCUAAAUGGUCACCGGUGGAGGAACGUAAUCGUUUGGGUGCCAUAGUUAGUUCGGGCAUUGAAUGUGGCACAUUACUGGGCAUGUUGGUAAGUGGUCUUAUAGCCACCUCAAGUAUGGGCUGGCCAGGAAUUUCUUAUACCUCAUGUGCCUUCGGAUUAAUUUGGUGUCUUUUCUGGGAAAUAUUUGCCUCGAACACACCAAAUAAGUCAAAAUUUAUAUCUCCCGAGGAGAGAAAUUAUAUUAACACAUCAUUAAGCAAGAAACGUGCUGCUGAGAGUAAUACAUCGAAAUCAAUUCCAACACCCUGGUGA